CGGUCCUCGACGUGUGCGCGUCCUGCGCGCGCCUAACCGCUCGGGUUGGCCCCAAACCUCCUGGUCCGCGACGCGCGGGCGGGCGGUCUCCGCGUUCUGGUUCUGAGUUGGAAUCCCUGAGGCCUGGAAAGCCUGGGCGGGGGGCGGAAAGGAUUCACCUUGAAAACCUCAGGGAGACUGUGGAUGCGAGCGGGGUUUGUGGAAGAAAGGGAAGCGUGUGAAGACUCUGAGGGGAAACGCCACGGUUCCCUUCUUUGAAUUGAUUAUUUUUCUGCUGCUCGCCUUUCAAUAUGAAGGAAGAUCAAGUUGUGAUGGAAGAACCAGGACUCCAAGAUGAAGAGGAAUCUUUGUUUCAAGACAUUGACCUAUUACAAAAACAUGGAAUUAAUGUGGCUGACAUUAAGAAACUGAAGUCAGUAGGAAUCUGUACCAUCAAAGGGAUACAAAUGACAACAAGAAGAGCCCUAUGCAAUGUCAAAGGGCUCUCAGAAGCAAAAGUGGACAAGAUUAAAGAGGCAGCCAACAAACUUAUUGAACCAGGAUUCUUGACUGCCUUUGAGUAUAGUGAGAAGAGGAAGAUGGUUUUCCAUAUUACCACUGGAAGCCAGGAAUUUGAUAAGUUGCUAGGAGGUGGAAUUGAAAGCAUGGCGAUCACAGAAGCUUUUGGAGAAUUUCGUACUGGAAAAACCCAGCUUUCUCAUACCCUCUGUGUGACAGCUCAACUUCCAGGAGCCAGUGGCUACUCAGGAGGAAAGGUGAUCUUCAUUGAUACAGAAAAUACUUUCCGUCCAGAUCGCCUCCGGGAUAUUGCUGAUCGCUUCAAUGUGGACCAUGAUGCAGUACUGGACAAUGUCCUCUAUGCUCGUGCAUAUACUAGUGAACAUCAGAUGGAGCUACUUGACUAUGUAGCAGCAAAGUUCCAUGAAGAAGCUGGCAUUUUCAAGCUAUUGAUCAUUGAUUCGAUAAUGGCACUUUUUCGAGUGGAUUUCAGUGGUCGUGGGGAGUUGGCAGAACGACAGCAAAAACUGGCCCAGAUGUUAUCACGGCUCCAAAAAAUCUCAGAAGAAUAUAAUGUGGCUGUGUUUGUGACCAAUCAAAUGACUGCUGAUCCAGGAGCAACUAUGACUUUUCAGGCAGACCCCAAAAAACCCAUUGGGGGACACAUUCUGGCUCAUGCUUCAACAACAAGAAUAAGCUUGCGAAAGGGAAGAGGAGAGCUGAGAAUCGCCAAGAUUUAUGACAGCCCUGAGAUGCCUGAAAAUGAAGCCACCUUCGCAAUAACUGCUGGAGGAAUCGGGGAUGCCAAGGAGUAGGUGGCGAAUUGAUGCAAAUUGCUUUUUAGUGCUUAUUAGGAGCUGAAGAAAUGGAAAAGCAGUCUCAAAUUUCAGAUCUUGAAGUUAAGAGUUUGUUUUUUUCACAUGUUAUUAAAGGAAAGUCAUCAAGAGAUUUUAUUUAAAUCUUAUAUUUAUCUUAAAAGUCCCUGAUUUAUAACUAUAUAUUGUAUGUCAAUUCAGGAAUAUAUAUACUAUAUAUAAAUGAAUGAACCUAUUGAAACCUAGUUGGGGAAAGGGUACCUGAUUCUCUUAACCUCAGCUUUUUAAAGUGAGCCACUAAGAAGAAGGAAAAUCCAAGAGUUCAGACAUGUCCCACUCUCCUACAGAUUUCUCCUCAAAUGCUUACAGAGGUGAAUAUACUUCCAAAGGAGGAAGACAUUUAAGGAAGGAGUGUUUACAGGACACACAAAAAAGUUUUUUUUACUUACAGUAUCAAACUGUACAUUCACCUUUAUAGCAACAGAAAAGAAACAUUAAACUAAGCUAAAUUUUAAUCAUUUGACUUUUUGACAAGCUAAAGUUACUUUUAAAAAUAUACUUCUAAUUUAUACAUAUUUUAUUGGGAAACUAAAGAAGAAGGUAAUAAGGAACUUUACAAUUUUGGGUCACAAAGGUAGCAUGACUUUUCUUACGUUUUGGGUAGUGAAUUCAAAAUCUUUUUAAAUAUUAAAGUUAAUUUAAAUGUAAAAUUUGUGAAUAAUAAUUUAGAAAUGUGUGAAAGAAUGUUAUUUUUCUAAUUGUUAAACAAAAUAAAAUCUAGUUUUCAACUGU